CUCCUCCUCCUCCCUGUUGGGGUGCUGCUGCUGGAGGGCUGGCUUCCCUUUCGGUUUCCUUUCUUCCCGCUUCUAUAUUGUCCACACACAGAGCCAUGGCGGCGAGGAAGGCUGCAGGGGAAGGCAAGAAAGAAGAGCAGGCCAGCGAGGAUUCAGAGGAGGAGGAGGAAGAGGGCGAGGAGGAAGAGGAGGAGGAAGAAUUGGGCUGCUGUGAGUAUGACUCCACCUGGGAGGAAGAGGAGGAGGAGGAGGAUGCACCAGCAAGAGGAAGGCUCAAGGAGGCUCCAGUGGCAUCAGGACCCAAAACCCCCGAAAAGCAGAGCUGGUGGUCUCCCAGCAGCACGUGGGCCUCAGGGGGGCAGGAUCAGCGAAGGACAAACCUUUUGUCAGUGGGUUUUAGAAGAUGUAAGAACACAAAGAGACGCAACUGGAUGGCAGCAAGAGAUAUGCAGAAGUACAGGCGGCGUUAUCCGGAUUUAGAAGAAACGGAUGUAGAAGAGGCCGAACUGUGGAAUCUAAGCUUUUACAAAAACGAGAUUCGUUUCAUGCCUAAUGGCCUCUUUAUUGAUGACCUUCUUGAGAAGUGGCAGAAUGACUAUGGAAUUCUAGAAGAAAACCAUUCCUAUAUUCAGUGGCUGUUUCCUUUGCGUGAACAGGGGAUGAACUGGCGGGCAAGACUUCUCACCUGCCAAGAAAUUGAGGCCUUCAAAAAAUCUAAGGAAGUGAUGGACAGGUUUGUCCGGGCUUACAAGCUCAUGCUGGGGUUUUAUGGAAUUGACCUGGUCAACGAAGAAACGGGAGAGCUGAGAAGAGCGGAGAACUGGUGCGAGAGGUUUGAAAACCUCAACCGGUACAGCCACAACAAUUUACGGAUCACUCGCAUCUUGAAAUGCUUGGGAGAGAUGGGAUAUGAAAACUAUCAGGUGCAUCUAGUGCAAUUCUUCCUGACAGAGACCUUAGUUCAUCACAAGCUCCCCAAUGUGUUGAUGAGCGCCUUAGACUACUUCAUGUUCACGGUCCGAAGCAAGGAGAAGCGGCGCGAUUUGGUUCAUUUCGCGUGGCAGAACUACAAACCCAAGCGGGAGUUCAGCUGGGGUCCACACAAGAAACUCCGGAAAUUCAAGGCUAAGACCCUGGAAUCAGUGACCAGCUCCAAGGUGGAGAAAGUCAACGAUGAAGACGAUAAAGAGGUCCAAUUGGAAAGGAAAGCUCUUGCGGAGGAGAGUGGAGCAGAGACUGAAAACCUCAAGGAAUCCAAGAAGAGGAAGUUGGAAAUGAGCAAAUUAAGUGGGGAGUGCAAUGGAGUACUGAACAGUCCCACUGAUAUUGAGAAGAUCUCCUGCAAUCUCAAAGAGUGUGUGAUCGAUCAAAAAAGCCUGGGUGGUGGUACAGUUACCGAAGAGACCUCAAGCGCAUUGGUGUCUGAAGGAGAAGAUGGAAGCGGCGCAAACAUAAAGGAGACUGAAACAGUCAGUACGGUGAUUAAAAGGCGAAAAAUGGAGGAGUUGGCACUGGGAGAGGAUGCUGCAAGGAUGUCUGAGAAAGAAGACGCCAAGUUGAUACCUUCUAAAGAUCAGGAAACAAGUUGCUCCACUUCCGAUGUUGAGAAGACCAACAAGGUUUGCCAAGAUGAAACCAAAGUAGAUGCUGCUCCUCCUGCGACCAAUAUGGCCGACGGCAAAAGCACAGGCGAGGACUCGCUGGUUGAUUCCCAAACAAGUACGGUUAAUGAUCUUCCACCCAUUAGCCAUACUAUGGACAAACCUCCUAAACCUGAAACUACCUCUUCACCUGAAAAGGAGGAAUCUGUGACCUGUGAUAGCCAGCCAGCCGUUGAAAGAGAAGUUGAUGCCAAGAUAGGUCCAAAAGAGGAGAGCGCGGAAGAAAAAAAAGAGGACGAUGCACAUAAGAAUGUAACGGCAGACCUGGAAAACACUAUAGCAAAGCCUAAAGAAACAGAAAACAUUAUAGAAAAGCCUGAAGAAACAGAAAAUACUAUAGCAAAGCCUGAAGGAAAAUAAUAGCUGCCCGAAAUCAGGGUGAUGUAGUUCCGCUGGUGCUAAAGGUGCUCACAGGCAGCCUCAGUCUGCAGCUUGUGUGGUUUGUUCUUCCCAUGUUUAAAAUAUAUAUAUAAGUGUUUAUAAAGCAGGAGGAAUCGACCUCAGAAGGCAUUGUGGUCUUCGUCAGAUUUGAGCAGAGCGUACCUGCCCAGUUUGCAAAACUAGAAGUGUUCUUAAAGGUGUUACGAAACCAGGGCGAGUGAAAUAGACUUCCAAGUGGUCAGUCACACCCUCCCAGGAGUUUGUGGGAGUGCAAAAGAAAUACUGUUUUAAAAUAAAAUAAAAAUGUUGUGCAGGGAGGGGGCACUUGGUGGGGAAGCACAUUUGGGGUUCUGGCUGCCUCUAUGCAGCACAUGGGCACGUCUCCGUUGUAAACCCAAGUUCUCAUAGGUCAUGAAUUUGGGGUAAAGAAAGCAGUGAAACUUGAUAUGUUCCGCUCUUUCAAAAUGUUCUCUUUCUGUUUCUAGUUUUUAAAUAUCUCGAAAGAGUACUGAUUUUAAAUAGAAAAAUGAACAUUAAGGGCGAGGCGCAAAAAAAUACAAUUUUGGCCACUUUGUGGGCACUUUUUCCAGGAUUUGUUAAAUCAACUUGGUUUGUGUUAAAUAAAAGUAUUAACUUUUGGAUGCAAA